AUGAGUUGGAGGCUCUGUCUGUCGGUUUUCUUUCCUUUCGACGUAUGCCGCCUCACCUCAAUCCAGGGGCAGCUCGAAUACAUGCCUUUAAAAACCUCCUCGACGCACGGAUAUCAGUUCCAUUGGCAUGGCAUUAAUUCCCUUGUACAAAGCUGCCGGCGCCAGGGGUAUGCUGUCAAGCAAAACUGGGCCAGAACCCUUUCCCCCCCUGCCUGAGCGCACUCACCGUUUUCAUUACAGGCUACCGAUAGA